UUAGGCUUCUAUAAGAGUGGGCGUGUCCAUUCACAACGCCCCUCCUUUCUCUCAGCGUUGACUAGGAAAUGUCAUUCGAGCUCGGAGCCGAGGAGCGCUGAUCGGCUCCAGUCCCGCCGGCCCCUGCACUGGACUAGUCCCGGGAGUGUGAUGUGGACGGCCGUUCUGACGGAAUCACGAAUUGCAGUGGCGCGGAGCAGCGGAGGAGAGCACGGAGACGGGUGUCGGCGAACGGACGAGCCCCGCGCCCGCGCAGUUUAAAGCUCCCUCCCGACCAGGCACCGACCGUCUGCAGCCGCCCUCCAACUCACACCCCCACCCCGGGAGGAGGAGGAGCGGCCAGCGGGGGGGAAUCCAACAUGGCGGAGCACGCAGCCCUGGAUAAUAAGCACAAAGCGGCAACCGUCAACUCCGGGGCCUCCUCCCCCGCCCUGAGCCCCGGGCGCUCGGGACCGUCGGCCGCGCACCCGCCCGGGGGAGGCCUGUCGGGGGGCUUGUCGCAGCCGGCGGGCUGGCAGUCUCUGCUCGCCUUCACCAUCCUCUUCCUGGCCUGGCUGGCCGGCUUCAGCUCCAGGCUCUUUGCAGUUAUCCGCUUUGAGAGCAUCAUCCACGAGUUCGACCCCUGGUUCAACUACAGAUCAACACAUCAUCUCGCAUCCCAGGGGUUUUAUGAAUUUUUAAAUUGGUUUGAUGAACGAGCAUGGUAUCCACUGGGAAGAAUAGUAGGUGGGACGGUGUACCCAGGGCUGAUGGUGACAGCCGGCCUUAUCCAUUGGAUCCUAAACAUGCUGAACAUCACCGUACAUAUAAGAGAUGUAUGUGUGUUCCUAGCGCCUGUCUUCAGCGGCCUUACAUCCAUCUCCACCUUUCUGCUGACGCGAGAGCUGUGGAACCAGGGAGCAGGACUUCUCGCCGCCUGCUUCAUUGCUAUAGUGCCCGGCUACAUAUCCCGAUCAGUAGCUGGAUCCUUUGACAAUGAAGGCAUUGCUAUUUUUGCACUGCAGUUUACAUAUUAUUUGUGGGUGAAAUCUGUAAAAACGGGCUCCGUGUUUUGGACAAUAUGCUGCUGUUUGUCUUACUUUUACAUGGUUUCUGCUUGGGGUGGCUACGUGUUUAUCAUCAAUCUUAUUCCUCUUCAUGUGUUUGUGUUGCUGUUGAUGCAGCGUUACAGCAAGAGAGUCUACAUAGCAUACAGCACUUUCUACAUCGUGGGGUUAAUAUUAUCCAUGCAGAUUCCCUUUGUUGGCUUCCAGCCCAUCCGUACAAGUGAGCACAUGGCAGCUGCAGGAGUGUUUGCGCUGCUGCAGGCAUAUGCUUUCCUGCAGUACCUGAGAGACAAGCUGACAAAGCAGGAGUUCCAGACUCUCUUCUUUCUGGGAGUGUCUCUCGCUGCUGGAAUUGUGUUCCUGACCGUUAUCUACUUAACAUACACAGGGUACAUUGCUCCUUGGAGUGGCCGGUUUUAUUCCCUUUGGGAUACAGGGUACGCAAAAAUUCACAUCCCCAUUAUUGCUUCGGUAUCAGAACAUCAGCCAACCACUUGGGUUUCUUUCUUCUUUGACCUUCAUAUAUUAGUCUGUACCUUUCCUGCAGGACUUUGGUUCUGCAUAAAGAAUAUCAAUGAUGAGAGAGUUUUUGUUGCUCUAUAUGCGAUCAGUGCGGUAUAUUUUGCCGGCGUGAUGGUCCGUUUGAUGUUAACCUUGACGCCUGUGGUCUGCAUGCUUUCUGCCAUUGCUUUCUCAAAUGUCUUUGAACAUUAUUUGGGUGAUGACAUGAAAAGAGAGAACCCACCAAUAGAAGACAGUAGUGAUGAGGAUGAUAAAAGGAAUUCAGGAAACCUUUAUGAUAAGGCUGGAAAAGUGAGAAAACAUGUUUCUGAGCAGGAGAAGACUGAAGAAGGCCUGGGACCCAACAUCAAGAGCGUGGUCACCAUGUUGAUGCUUAUGUUGCUGAUGAUGUUUGCUGUACAUUGCACAUGGGUGACUAGCAAUGCCUACUCAAGUCCCAGCGUGGUGCUGGCUUCUUAUAAUCAUGAUGGAACAAGAAACAUCUUGGAUGACUUCAGAGAAGCAUACUACUGGCUUAGGCAAAAUACUGAUGAACAUGCUCGUGUGAUGUCUUGGUGGGAUUAUGGCUAUCAGAUAGCAGGAAUGGCUAAUCGGACAACGCUGGUAGACAAUAAUACGUGGAAUAAUAGUCAUAUAGCAUUGGUAGGGAAAGCCAUGUCUUCAAACGAGUCAGCCGCUUAUGAAAUCAUGCGCAGCCUGGAUGUAGAUUAUGUGCUGAUUAUCUUUGGAGGGGUGAUCGGCUACUCUGGAGAUGACAUCAAUAAAUUUCUCUGGAUGGUUAGAAUAGCGGAAGGCGAGCAUCCCAAGGAUAUCAGGGAAAGUGAUUAUUUUACACCCCAAGGUGAAUUCCGAGUUGACAAGGCCGGCUCUCCAACAUUGCUCAACUGCCUGAUGUAUAAAAUGUCAUACUAUCGGUUUGGUGAAAUGCAGUUAGACUUUCGAACUCCUCCGGGCUUUGAUCGUACCCGUAAUGCAGAAAUUGGGAAUAAAGAUAUCAAGUUCAAACAUUUGGAAGAGGCUUUCACUUCAGAACACUGGCUCGUCAGAAUAUACAAAGUCAAACAACUAGAAAACAGAGAAGCCCUUGACCAUAAACCGAGGAUUACCAACAUUGUCCCUAAACAGAAGUAUUUAUCUAAGAAGACAUCAAAAAGGAAGCGUGGCUAUAUAAAAAACAAGCUGGCCCUGAAGAAAGGCAAGAAACCUAGCAAGAAGACCAUUUAAACCAUCUGAUCUCACAGGAAGGAGUUGUCCUUGGGAGAUAACCAGUCUUUGCCUUUAGAUAAGCUCAUGUUCUUCAGUGGCAUGAGAGUACAGAACCAUCUCUGGUCCAGAAUAUUGUACACAAUUUUCAGGCAAUGUCUGAUUACAAAUGAUAUAUUUAUUGGCUUAUUAAGAACAGCUGUUUUAGAUUUGUAACGUGAAGCCAGACAGAGCUGCUGUCCUCUACCAACAGCAGAUUUUUUUAUUUUAUUUUUUGUUUUGUUUUUCGGACGGUGGGAUAUUUUUUUUUUUUUUUUCAUGAAAAUUUUUGGGGAAUUGUAGACAAUUUGGACUGUUUGCACCAAAGAGCCCUCUAUUUUGGUUGCUAUGCAUAUGCAUACUUGUCAAUUUUUAUUUUUUUUCUCACAAUAAAGAUAAAAUGCUAAACCCUUGAGCUGUGCUUUCUUAUCCUGCAAUGCCCAUCCAUUCACAUGUAGGCACAGAUCUAGUGGCAGAUGUCUGCUGUUCCCUUUAUUUUUCGACUCCCAAAUCUCCCCCCCCCCCCCUGUACUGUCCUCGGUGUGGGUGUCUUUUGCUGUAAUUUUUUUUUUUAGAAACUAAGAAUAUUUCUAACAAUCGUAAAUGUAUCCAACACAAUGUGGUCAGCUAAGUCAGCCUCAGCUAUCACCUGAAAAUAAUGCAAGUUAGCCAUUUUUGGGCAGUCAAGCAAUUUCAAAAAUAUUGCCUUAGUCAAUCUUAUUUGUGAUGAUUAUUUAUUUGCCCCUUUAAUGCCAUAAUGCCUGAAUGGCAAGACUUUAACAUGGACUAAAUAGAUCAACCAAAUUUUAAAAGGCGUAAACCCGGAUGUUGAAUGUUUUUUUUUUUUUCUUUUGCACAAUCAUAUAAAAUGCGAACGGCCAAAUAAGUUUGAAUGUUUACAUGUUAACCAUCUAAAAAGUUGACAAGUAUACAGACAUGUUACCAUGUGAGCUAAAUUGGGGACAGCCAUUGAUGAUGUCUGUAAAGCGCUGCGGAAUGUCAGCGCUAUAUAAAUGAGUAAAAUAAAUAAAUGUGAAAUCUGAGGGUAUCUGACCUAGACCGGAAUUUCAAAAUGAUUUUUUUUUUUCCCUCCUCCGUAAAAUAAGUGCAGUAUACUUAACGACUUGUUUAAUGAUAACUAGGGUUUUUUGUUUUUUUUUGGUUUGGCAAUGUCGGUCAUGCACUAAAAUGUAUAUUGGGGUUGAACAUCUGGGGGUUUUUUUUUGUUUGCUUUUGACAUUAUGCGGACUUGAACUUUUCUUAGUUUGACAGAUUUUUUAUUUGAUUUCCUAGUCUAUAUUUUUUUUUUUUUUUUUUUUGUUUAAACUUGACUUUGCCACAAUGGUUGUUGGAUUACCCUGUGUUUAGGAUGUAUCUUUUUUUUUUUUUUUUUUUUUUUAUAAUAAAAUUGAGGUCAGAACUGGUGGUAUUUCAGAAAAAGAAUAUCAAAUUUUUCAGUUUGUUUUUCAAGCUUGUGAUAUUUUUACAUACCAUGAAGCUGCAUCGCUGUUAAGCAUCUGAAUGCGGCUGCUAGAAAAUGCUGGCAAUCUGUAUAUUGGAUUUAAAACUUUGGAAAUUGAUAAUAGAAAAAAAUAAAGAUUUAAUUAAGGUUUUAUGUAAAGUGUCCUGUUUUUGUUGCAAAAUUAAAAUAUUCAAAUGGCCAGUUUCUAAAAAUGUAUGCUGUCAUAUUCCUGGCAGCCAGCAUUGGGGAAGGUUAGACUAAAUAGCUCUUUUGGAAUAGAUUUUUGGUAUAGCUUAAAAAGAACUUAUUUUAAAAAUGUUUAUUGAAGAAUUGAUGUUUGAACAGAAAUGCAGUAAAAAAAAAAAGUUUAAUUUGAAAUAAAAAGGAAAAAAAAAUU